AUGUCCUGUGAAAGUUCCUUCCCGCCCCUCCCCCUUGCAUUCGAGGAAAUGACAAAGACCCUUGCCCAGUCGCCUCAACCGCCGUUGGUGAUUGAAGAUUAUCCGGACGCACCGCAACAUGGGUUGCUCUGCAGAAUCCGACAUUGGAAGGUGGAGGGGAGGCAAAAUGAACAGGGCACAGCAGUAUCAUUUCUCCCCUCUCCGGACUUACACGAUGUGAGGUAUUCAGCUACCCUAAACCAAGGCCGAGCUGAGACGCGCAUGACCAGCAUCCGUCUCGUUAUCGGUAUCAGGCUGGACUGCUUCCACCCGAAGAUUGCUACAGUAUCAAAUACAUCCAUCGCCAUGGUUUUGCGGCAUUCCGCCCUCGCUGUGUGCCUCUCGGUUCUGCUCGCUUUAGAUCAAAACUCUAGCCAGGCAAAUGCACAGUACUUGCAGAAUUUGGACCGCACCCGUAUCACUAAUCCUGCGACCAACAUCCAAUACGAUGGCUACAGAUACAAGGCCGUCCCUGACAACCGGGCCGCCUGGCGUAAUGUUAUCGACCUUGGCCGCACCGAAAUCAUCUAUCUCUAUUACAAUUGCUACUACAUGAACAACAUCUGCGACAACGUUGACACCUUCCUGAGCUCCCCCCGCGGCCAGAACCUCCACCCUGGCACGACCAUCCCCGCUGACCAGUUCACCUACGACUUUGAUACCGGUGAAGAAAGCUGGACUCACCAGUCCGGCCGCAGGGAGAAGUCUUGCCCCAAAAGUUGGGGUAAAGCGCGGAACUGCCCCGAGCCGAGCACGAAGGUUCCCUUCCGCCACGACGGCCCCUGGUGGACCAAGGAUGUCGAGGCCGUCGGCAACACAAACAUGCUCAAACAUGAACGCGACAGUCAGACCAAAAACAUCAUCAAGAGGUCCGGGAUGCGCUAUACCUGCGAUGAGUUCCCCCCUGCUACCUGGGUCGAGGGUGGCAGCGGCUGGGCUAACAACCAACCUGCCAACACUCGGUGCGCUGGUCAUGCCUGUCUUGACCCCUUCGCUGUUGUCGUCAACGGUAACCGCGUUUCCGUAAAGGCCGAGCAGGACUGGCAGGCUAGAUCGCACAAGACGCUCCGCGACGUCCUUCUCAGCAGAAUCGAAGCCCGCAACAAUGAGUUUACGUGGCACGAUCCCCGCAACCCGCAGAGGGAUACUGCCUUCUUCCGCUUCGCUGCCAUGGACAUGGGGCCCGACGGCAACGCAGCCGUGGUCUUCAAGACAGAUACUACUACUGGCAUGGAUAGUAACCAUGAAUUCAUUUCUCAAGCAAGGAAGCGCGGGCUCAAUAUCACCAACCCGGACGAAGAUGGGAACCCGAACGAGCCGACGCGGGUGCCCCAUUCACGGUACGGCCCCAGCUUUGAGGAGGCAUUGAGGCGCAUGCGCGCCGGCCAUUAUCGUGUCGUCGAAUAUAUCCCGGCCGAAUUCAACGACUCCUCUGUGACAGCUGAGCCGACUUUUAGGGACAUGACUGAUUUGCGGAUGCGGUCGGCUGGCUCAGGCGACCUACACACCAACAAUAAAACGUCGCGACGCUUCGAGAAGCCGAAACGGCAGGGGGAAAAGGUACCGGCAGCCAUUCAUGAACGCGCAAAGCCUCUCCUAAACGCGGCUUCGUCAAGUGAUCUCGAAAAAGCCCGUGGCAUCGUGACAAUCGCCAUCGCGGCCUCGUCCAAGCUCAACAAGGCCCGUCUGAAUAGCCCACUGCGAAAUCAAUACAGACUCAAGCCCGGUACUGUCAUCGGCGGAGCAAUUGUGAACGAGACCCGCCGCACCCGCCGCGACGACCCCGAACCACCCCCGCUCCUCGAGAUUACUGACGAGAUUGCCUGGGCCGCCGCACUCCUGGCCGAGGCCGAGGCUGAUAUGCCCCAGGACGGUGUUAAGGUUCCCAGCCGCAACAUCACACGCCGCGCGGCCGCCGGCUCGUACUGGAUGGAGUCUAUCGCUCGCAAGGGCAUUGUCCCCUGGGGCGAUGAACCCUCGUACGCUGUGUUCCGCAACGUGCUCGACUAUGGCGCCACGGGCAACGGCGUGACUGACGAUACUGCCGCCAUCAAGCGGGCCAUGAACGAUGGCCGGCGUUGUGGUGAGAAAUGCAACGGGUCGACGGUCAAGAAUGCCAUCGUCUACUUCCCACCCGGCACGUAUCUCAUAUCCAGCACGGUGCCUCUUCCCUUCGGCACGCAGGUCAUCGGUGAUGCCAUCAACCGACCAGUGCUGGUCGCCUCCAAGACCUUCAUUGGUCUCGGGGUGCUUUCCACAGACGAAUACACAGGCGGCGGGACUGGCGCCGACGGGCACGACCAGCAGUGGUAUGUAAAUACGGCCAAUUUCUAUCGUCAGAUCCGCAACGUCAUUAUCGACGUCCGCCCAGCACCGCCCUCUGAGGAGGCGGCAUGCCUACACUACCAGGUGGCCCAGGCUACUAGUAUGCAGAACGUCGAGCUGCGGGCCGGUGCAGGACAGAAGGGCCUCUUUGCCGAAAAUGGCAGCGGCGGCGGCAUCUCCGACGUCACAUUUGUAGGUGGCGACGUCUGUCUGUACGGCGGCGAGCAGCAAUUUACCGCCCAGCGGCUUGUCUUCAGUGGUUGUGACGUCGGCGUUCAGGUUAUCUGGGACUGGGGUUGGGUGUGGAAGUCAAUAACCAUGACCGACGUGAAGACAGGCUUCAAGUUUGUGCCUGAUUAUCCCGACGGCAGCAUAGGGUCAUCGCUGAUUAUGGAUUCGUCCUUCACGAACGUCGGUACCGUCGUCGUUAUUCAGCCGCCGUCAUCCAAACCAGGUUCCGGAAGCACUGGUCUCGUACUCGAGAACAUCGCCAUGUCGGGUGUCACCACCGCCGUCGCUGACACGAAUGGCCGCACCCUGCUGGCCGCGUCUACGAGGCUUGACGAGUGGGUACUGGGCCCCGUAUAUUCGAGCUCAGCCGAUGAUGGUACACGCUCAUUCUCAUCUGGUGGCAAGGUCGGCAAGUAUCGCAGAGAUAGCGCGCUUCUGGACGCUCAGGAUGCCUAUUAUGAGCGUCCCAAGCCGCAAUACGAGGACCGCGGCGUGGGCGACUUCCUUCACGUUAGGGACUUUGGCGCUAUGGGCGACGGCAUAACGGACGACACGGCUGCCUUCCAGCUGGCCGUCGAUUCAAGCCAGGGCAGCAUCUGA